AUGUCACAAGAAGAACCUCUUCUAUAAAAUAGAAAUUCUCGACCUCCAGGAUUGAUAUCUAGAACUUUAUUUUUAUAUGUGUUUCCUUUACUUCAAUUAGCAAAUAAAACUCCUUUGGAAUUCGAAAUGAUAAAAGAUUUAGAAAUAGAUGAUUAAGGUGAAUCUUUAUUUAAAAGAAUGAAUUAAACGUUUUAAAUUUACAAACAUGACAGAUUUGCACUCUACAAAUCUCUCUUUAUUACAUUUAAAAGUAUUUUCUUAAUAGUAAAUAUAGAACAAUUUGUUAUAGUGUAUAUCAUAAUCUUAAUUUGGAACAUUUCUUUAAUGUAUGGUCCUAUAAUGAUUCGGUAAACACUAUCUUAUAUUGACUAUUCAGAACAUACUAUUGGAAAAGGAUUUUAAUGGUUGGGAAUUAUAAUAGUUGUAAGAGUCUUUAAUGCAAUUUCUUAUUAAAAUAGUUUCUUUAUGUUGGUAAUUACUUUGAUUAUAAUAUUAGAGAAAACUAGGUUAUGAUUAGCAUACAGCAGUUAGUGUAUCUAUAAUGAAGAAAACUUUGAAUGUGUCUUUUUAAAGCAAUAAGUAAUACAAAACAGGUGAAAUAAUGAAUAUAAUGUAAGUUGAUUUAUAAAGAAUAUUGUAAUUAAAUAUAGCAGUGGCUUCUGUAAUAUUUUUACCAUUUUAAAUUGGGAUAUCCUUUUAUUUAUUAUUUGAUUUUAUUGGUGUCUCAUGUUUAGCAGGUUUGGGAGUCAUGAUUUUGGGAUUACUUACUAAUUUUUUACUUGGAAGAUGGGGUUGGAGACUAUAGAAAAAAGUUAUGGUUGCAAAGGAUAAUAGAACAAAAUAAGCACAUGAAAUAUUUUCUUAGAUUAAAUUUAUUAAAGCAAAUGCUUUUGAAGAAUAUUUUAAAAAUAAACUAUUAUUAUUAAGAGAGAAAGAGAUCUCAUUAAUUCAUAAAAAGAAUAUUGUUAGUGGUUUAUUUAUAUUAGCAUUUUUAAUGACACCAUAAUUAACAUUAAAUAUUACUUUAGCUGUAUACAUUUUACUAUAAUAUAAUUUAUCACCUGCAGAAACAUUUUCCAUAAUCAGUUUAUUUAGUAUAUUAUAAUAAUCAGCAAGUGCUUUACCAAGUUUUAUUAAUUAAAUCAUUGAAGCAAAUAUAAGUAUAAAAAGAAUAUAGAAUUUUUUAUUGACAGAUGAACUUAUGAAUGAUUGUAUCUAAAAUGUAAAUGAUAUUCUUGGAAAUUCAAUAGAAAUUGAAGGAACUUUUUAUUGGGAUAAAGUAAAAAAUAAUAAUUAAAAUUAAAUUAAAUCUACUGAUGUUGUGCCUAUUAAUCAAUAGAUUGAUCCAAUUUUAAAAAAUAUUAAAUUAAAAAUUGAUAUUGGUGAAUUUGUUACAAUAAUUGGAGAGUAUAUUAUUAAUUAUUAUUAUUAUUUAGUGUUGCAAGUGGCAAAAGUUCUUUAAUAAGUGCAAUUUUAGGAGAAAUGGUUUACAAUGUUUCAAGAUUGCCUCCAAUGAUUAAAAUUAAUGGAAGAAUAGCAUAUGUAAGUUAAAAGAGUUGGAUAUAAAAUGCAACUUUGAAAGAUAAUAUUUUAUUUGGUCUACCUUAUGAUGAAAAGAGAUAUAAAGAUGCUAUAACUUAUUCUUGUUUAGAAUAAGAUAUUAAAAUUCUAGACAAAGGAGAAGCUACAAUGAUUGGAGAAAAAGGUGUUAAUUUAAGUGGAGGAUAAAAGGCUAGGAUAAGUCUAGCCAGAGCAUUAUAUAGUGAUUGUGAUAUUUAUUUAUUAGAUGAUCUUAUUAGUGCAGUUGAUAUGCAUGUGGGUAAAUUUAUUAUAGAAAAAUGUUUAUGUGAACAUUUGAAUGGUAAAACUAUAGUAUUAAUUACUCAUGCUCUUUAUUCUUGUUAAUAUGCUGAUAGAAUCAUAUUAAUGGAUAAUGGUUAAAUAAUUAAGGAAGGAACUCUUGAUGAUAUUAAAGAGUGUGAUAAAUUUGAUUUAAUUUAUUAGAAAUAUUUUAAAGAAUAAAAAAAUGAAGAGAAAGAAGAUUAAGUUGAAGAAUUAGAAGUUCUUAAAUUAAUUAAAAAAAAAUCAUCUACACAAUAAAUAAAUAAUAAUAAUAAGGAUUUAAUAGAUGAUUUAAUGUUAUUAGAAGAUAGAAAAGUUGGUAGUGUAUAAUUAGAUGUAUACAAAGAAUAUUUUAAAAUGAGUGGAGGAUUUCUAUUCUUUAUUUUUAAUCUUAUUGUUGUUAUUAUUUAAGUUAUAGCUAGAUUUGGAUCACAAAUAUGGUUGGCAUAAUGGUCAGGAUAAGAAGACUUAACGUAUGAUGAAAAUUUACAUAAUCUAAUGAUUUUCUCAUUUUUUUCUUUAAGUUUUGGUUUUUUUGCCUUAAUUCGUAUUCUAACACUCUCAAGAGAAAGUGUAAAUACUGCUAAUAAAAUACAUACAAGAAUGAUUGAGUAAUUCUAAUCAUAUAUUAUUUAUUAGAUCAUUACUUUAUGCACCACUAUGUUAAUUUUUUGAAAGGAUUCCUUUAGGUGUAUUAAUGAAUCGAUUAACUAAAGAUUAAUCAGUUCUAGAUACAGAAAUUCUAUGGACUAUAUCCAUUCUAUAUAUUAGUUGCUUAAAUUUUAUAGGUAAUUUAUUUUGUCAAUAUCUUAUAGCAAGUACUCUAAUCAAUGUUUUUAGUAGUUCCUAUUAUAUUAUUAUCCCAGUUUUAGUAUUUUUAUAUGCAGUAUGGAAAGUCUAAAGAUUUUAUAUGGCUGCAAAUAGGGAACUUUAUAGAUUGGAAUCAUUAAGUAAAAGCCCCAUUUUGAGUUUCUUUUCAGAAACAGUCAAUGGUUUAAAUAUUAUUAGGGCUUUUACAAAAUAAGAGUAAUUUUUAGAUAGACACACUAAAAACAUUGAUUUGAAUAGGAAAAUACAAAUAGCUCAAUUAUAAACGACUACAUGGUUUUCAAUGAAUUUAACAUUUACUAGUUUUAUAGUAAAUAUAUCAGCUAUUGCUUUUGUAUUAUUUUAUGGGAGUGAAAAUCCUGCAUUAGCUGGUUUAUUAAUGACAGUUGCAACUGUAAUUGAUAAUAGUUUGUAAUCAGCAAUAAAUUCAAUUACUUAAGCAGAAACACAAUUCAUUUCUUUUGAAAGAUGUUUGGCAUUUGCUAAGGUUGAACAUGAAAAUGGCUAUAAAGAAAAGAAGGAUUAUAUAUUAAAUUGGCCUUAAGUAGGAGAUAUUCGAAUAGAUUCAUUAAUUGUCAAAUAUAGAGAAAAUUUAUCUCCAGCCUUAAGAGGUCUAAAUGUUGUAAUUAAACGUUAAGAGAAGAUUGGAGUAGUAGGUAGAACUGGAGCUGGAAAAUCAACUAUUACUUUAUCUUUGUUAAGGAUUCUUGAAGCAUCAAGUGGUUCAAUUAUAAUUGAUGGAGUUGAUAUAUCAACCUUAAAUUUGAAAUAACUCAGAGAAUCUAUAACCAUGAUUUUAUAAGAUUCCACUCUUUUUGAAGGAACCUUAAGAGAGAAUCUUGACCCAUUACAUCAGCAUUCAGAUUAAGAACUUAAUGAUGUAGCCUUAUAAUGUUGUUUGGGAGAUUUGCUAUUGUAAAAGAAGGGUUUGGAUACUGAAAUAUCAGAAAAUGGAGAUAACUUAAGUGCUGGAGAAAAAUAACUUAUAUCAAUAGCCAGAGCAGUUCUUAAAUAAUCUUAGAUAAUUUUGAUUGAUGAAGCAACUGCUAACAUUGAUAUUGAUACAGAAUCAAAAAUCUAACAAACAAUUUAAACAGCCUUUAAAAAAUGUACAGUAAUAACGAUUGCUCAUAGAAUCAAUACUAUAAUGCAUUGUGAUAAGUAAUAAUUUUAAUUUAAUAUUAAUCAGAAUAUUAGUAAUUGAUUAAGGAGAGGCCAAAGAGUUCGAUGAUCCUUAAAAACUCUUAGAGGAUAAAUCUUCCAUCUUUUAUAGCUUGUAUUUACAAGGUAAAAAAAGUAAUAAGAUCUGAU